UUGAUAGGGAGCAUUUGUCGGGCCGUCCGCCGAUACAUCGAUACUCUCGAAGAUGGGACUUCGAUGUUUUAUAUACAUAAUGUUGAUACUCAUGAGGAGUAGCAGCAUUGUGUUCGGCGACAAUGCGGAAAGGGUGUACAGCAUCCACGACAAAGUGACCAGCUGCAGCGGAUGGCUCUCCACAAUCAUCUUCAACUUCUGUAAUAAUGUUUACAAGAUUGUCAAAAGAGAUACAUCGCUAAUGAUAGAAAAAAUGGCGCCUAAAGAUCUACAACAAGACACGACCAAGCAACGGCUUCUCGGUGAAGGAAAAUGGCGGCGUGUUCGCAGACAGGUCGCGAAUGAAUGUUGCUUACGAUCUUGCACUGUCGCUGAGCUCAUCAGGUACUGUCCGGACGACGCUCUGCUCGUGCAAGAACAUCCUGAAAUCUUCUAUUGAUCUAUCAUUGUUUCAUUUUUUCAAAAGAUUUCAUUAAAUUGUAUCUCGAGACGUAAAAGUGAAUUAAUUGGCUCAAGUUCAACUAUGACAAAUCUAAAUUAAGCAUCACCUAUCAAUUGCUCUCGGAUUUUCGCAAAUCAUAAAUAUUUUGGGAAAUUAAUGAAUACAGACAUUAUAAAAUCUCAUGUUACUUCUAUUUCUAUAUACUAUAUACUAAUUGUAAAUGCUUUUUUGGUGGGCCAUAAACAACAAUGUAAUUUGAAAAUAAAAAUCAUAAAGAUUUUCAUCAAUCUAACUGAAUAUUAUUUAACCGUGUAAGUACAAUGUACUGAAUAGCAAAGUAUUACUACUAAAUUAAGCUGUAAAUACAAUAUUUAA